ACCAUUUCCGAGUUCACUAAGGCCGCCUGCGGCGGCGCAGGCGUCCGUGUUCGGUAGUGUCCGGUCUAUGGAGUCAGUUGGUUUCGGCGGCGGCGCGGAGGUAGCAGGCGGUGUCCGAGUGGGGGCCUUUGCCCCGCCAGGAUGUUACCGGGCUUGGCCGCCGCCGCCGCGGCCCACAGAUGUAGCUGGUCCUCCCUGUGCCGGAUUCGUCUGCGCUGCAGGGCGGCAGCCUGCGGCUCCAGCGACCUCCAAGAAUGGCAGAAUUUAGUGACAUUUGGAAGCUUUUCAAAUAUUGUUCCCUGUUGCACACUGAAUCAAGUAAAGUUGUAUUCCACAAAUGUUCAGAAAGGAGGACAGGGAUCACAAACUCACAAAAUGGAAAAAGUACCAUCAUUUGAUGAAGCAGCAGAGAAUAUUGGUGCAGAACUGAAAGCUCCACUUAUUAAGCAAGAACCUCUCCAAGUAAGAGUCAAAGCAGUCCUUAAAAAGAGGGAAUAUGGACCAAAGUACACUCAGAAUAAUUUCAUCACUGGAGUCAGAGCAAUGAAUGAGUUCUGCCUCAAAUCCAGUGAUCUAGAACAACUUCGAAAAAUCAGACGACGAAGUCCUCAUGAAGAUACCGAGUCCUUUACUGUAUACUUGAGAUCAGAUGUGGAGGCAAAAUCUUUGGAAGUUUGGGGAAGCCCUGAAGCUCUUGCCAGAGAGAAAAAACUUCGUAAGGAAGCAGAGAUAGAAUAUAGAGAAAGGCUAUUUAGAAACCAAAAAAUAUUGAGAGAAUAUAGAGAGUUUCUGGGAAAUACCAAGCCACGCUCUAGAACGACAUCAGUUUUUUUUAAGGGGCCAGGAAAGGUGGUGAUGGUUGCCAUUUGCAUCAAUGGAUUAAACUGUUUCUUCAAAUUUCUUGCCUGGAUUUAUACGGGUUCAGCAAGUAUGUUCUCAGAAGCUAUACACUCUUUAUCUGAUACUUGUAAUCAGGCCUUACUAGCAUUGGGCAUCAGUAAGUCUGUUCAAACACCAGAUCCUACUCAUCCGUAUGGAUUUUCAAAUAUGCGCUAUAUUGCUUCACUAAUUAGUGGUGUUGGUAUUUUCAUGAUGGGUGCAGGAUUAUCUUGGUACCAUGGAGUCAUGGGAUUGCUUAAUCCUCAACCAAUAGAAUCUCUUCUAUGGGCAUAUUGUAUUUUAGCAGGAUCAUUAGUAUCUGAAGGAGCAACACUUCUUGUUGCUGUAAAUGAGCUUCGUAGGAGUGCUCGGGCCAAAGGAAUGUCACUUUACAAGUAUGUAAUGGAAAGUCGUGAUCCUAGUACAAAUGUUAUAUUAUUGGAGGAUACUGCAGCAGUGUUGGGAGUGACAAUAGCAGCCACUUGUAUGGGCCUUACUUCUAUAACAGGCAAUCCACUGUAUGACAGCCUAGGUUCUUUGGGUGUGGGCACCUUAUUAGGUGUGGUCUCAGCAUUCCUCAUCUACACUAACACAGAAGCACUCUUAGGGCGAUCCAUCCAGCCAGAACAAGUACAACGGCUUACUGAACUCCUGGAGAACGACCCAUCAGUAAGGGCAAUUCAUGACGUUAAAGCCACAGAUCUAGGAUUAGGGAAAGUAAGAUUUAAGGCAGAAGUAGAUUUCGAUGGACGAGUUGUUACGAGAUCAUAUUUGGAAAAACAAGAUUUUGACCAAAUGCUACAAGAAAUUCAAGAAGUGAAGACUCCUGAAGAACUAGAGACCUUUAUGCUUAAACAUGGAGAAAAUAUUAUUGAUACUUUAGGAGCUGAAGUAGAUAGACUUGAGAAGGAACUGAAAAAACGAAAUCCUGAAGUUCGACAUGUAGAUCUGGAGAUAUUAUAGACUUGAUGGAAUGAAGCACCUUGGAGGGAGCCUUGGAAACAAGUUUGCCAAGACUGCUUUCCCAUACUGAAGGAGUCAAUGCUAUUCAGAAGCCAUUUUUUUUUUUUUUUUUUUUUAAGAUGGAGGAAAUAUUUAUGUAAAGAGCAAUUCAACAGUCCACAGAACUAAAACAACUUCUUACUUCUAAGAGACAUAUUACAAGUUGAAUCAAUUUGGAAAUCAUGUUUUUAUGUUUCAGCAGGAAACAUUUUGGUUACUUAAAUUGUUCAUAAUUUCUCAUUUUAGCCUGUCAGUGUGUAUUGUACCUUGCAAUCAUGUUUCCUUUCUUCACAUUGGUAAAAAAUAAGCAGAAUCUGUAAGAUUAUGAUUUUUAAUUUUGUUGCCAGUGAAGAUUUCACUCCAUCAAAACCUGUCAAUCUUGAACAUUCUGGCUAAAUCUUUGUUUGCAGUUUUUAAAACAGUCACUCCAUUUCAAAGUCUGUCUUUCCUCAUAGAAUGUAGAAAUUAUUUUAACGUACCUUGUGUUUUUUGCCCUGAGCACUAAGAGGAACACUUUCCUAACCUAGUUAUCCAUAAAUGUUCAUUCCACAAAGGGCUUUGAUACUGAAUUGAAGGAAGAGAUUUCAGCACACUCUUUUAGGUCAUGCUACUUGCCAUUUUGUAAAAUUUCUUUUCUCUUCUUUGCUUUUUUCCCUUAUUUAGUUUAAUUUUCCUAGUGGUAGGAAAUGUAAAAUAGCCCUAGAUAUGUUUCCAUGGGCCAGUGUGAUGACUGGUUUUUUGUUUUUGUUUUUUAACGGGCUUCAGUCCCAUAAUGUAUAUUUACUAGGAGAUGAUGCAUUUAUAAGCAUUUUAACAUUAUGUAAAGUGGACUAGAAAUAUUUAUAAUUUCACAGAGAGGACAGCAUUUUAUUUUUAAUUUAUUUUAAAAGAGGCACUACUUGUGUAAAUCUGAACUGUGGGAUGGUUCUUGCUUUGAGAGAUAGAGAAGUAAACCUCUUAUGCGGAAACUUGUGGCCAUGACUUUUGUAUAAUAUCAUAGACAGUAGUGUGUCUGUAACAUGAGUUUCUUGCAGUUACAAAUGGGCACUUAGCAUAAUGUAUGAUUAUAACAUUAUGUGAUAAGUAGCUUUCUAAUGAUCAUAAGGUAUCAAGAUGAAAAAAUAUGCAAUUCAGUAAUUGAAAAUCUAGUGCAAAACUACAGCUAUGUCUCCAUCAAAAGAAUUCAUAUGCACUUUAAAUUGUUCAGGUACCAGUGAGCAUUGUCCAUGUAAGAGUGGUAGCUGGGUGAAUAAUCUCUUUGCUGGAUAAGUGAGUGCUUAAGGACCUAGGUCAGUGUCUAAAAACUUACUUAGAUUGACGUUUAUGAAUUUUAGCAAGUUAUAAUCCUGGAAACAAAAAAUAAACAUUUGAUUAAAGGGUUUGUAAUAGUAAUUUUUGGAUUCAGAACUGUCAUUUACUGGAAAAUUGCGAAAAUUUACAUUGGUGUACACUUUUUACCACUACAAAACAUUUUGUGUGCUGUACAUUUUAAGUGAAAUAACAUUCCAAUUUUAUUUUUUAAGAUAUGAAAUUGUUUUAUACAUAUAUAUGUAUAUACACGCACACAAUUCAUUCUUAUGGUUUCAAAUUCU